UUAGGUAUUCAAUGGAAAACAUGGAUGCACCUUUUGCUAUUGAGGAAGCAUCUGGAGAACUGUUUUCAACUGAUUUUCUAGACAGGGAGACUGUAGCCUUCUACACACUGACAGUGAUUGGAACCGACAUGCAUCCCACACAACCUCUUUCAAGCUCUGCACUUGUUACUGUACUGGUUGGUGAUAUUAAUGACAACUGGCCUCAGUUUCUGGAUAGUCCCUUCGUAGCUUAUGUACCCACAGAGUUUCUUCCAGGCUCAGUUGUUUGUGCAGUGAAAGCUAUUGAUGGAGACACUGACAUGAAUGCGCAGCUGCAUUAUUCAUUAUAUGGACAAAGUUCAGACCUGUUUUCAAUUGAUCCAAACAGUGGCACAGUAUUCACUUCUAAUUCACUGAAGACAGAGGAUAUUAUUAUCAAUGUGCAUGUAGAAGAUGGGGGUGAAAAUCCCAAAUUUGACACCACUACUAUCAGUAUCAGAUUUCAGAACAUUUCUGAUUUCCCAGAGAUGACUGUGGAUGUUUUGAGUUAUUCUCUCUUUGAGGACCAACCAGUGGGAACAGUAGUGGCUGUUAUUUCUGCAGCAAGCAUCAGAGCUGAACCCAUUUCUUUUUAUCUUGCUUCUGGAAACUUUGAAGACAUGUUUCAUGUAGACCAAUUAGGUGGAGCGUUGACAGUUCACAACUCACUGGAUUAUGAAAGCAAAAGGGAAUUUUCUCUACUGAUAGAAGCCAGGGACUCUGGCUGGCCUCCAUUUUCAUCAUUUUUAGAAAUUCAAAUAAAUAUAACUGAUGUAAACGAUAACCCCCCCCAGUUUACCCAAGCUGAAUACAGGUGUGAGAUUUAUGAGAAUUCCCCACCAUCUAUAGUUUGUGAUGUUCUUGCAAUCGAUGCAGAUUCGCCCACUUACAGCACAGUAUGGUACAAAAUAACAGAAGGAAAUAUCGAUGAGUCUUUUAUGCUUGACCCUGAAAAUGGUUUGGUUAGCACCACCAUAAGUUUAGAUAGAGAAAGUAUUCCUUUUUUUAAUUUAACAGUUGAGGCGGCAGAGCCUGGUAACCCUCUUCAUACAGAUCAUGCAACAGUCAUCAUUGCUGUAUUGGACAGGAAUGACAAUGCACCUAGUUUGUCUCAAAUGUAUCUUGCAGAGGUUUCUGAAGAUGCUCCUAUAGGUUACACAGUUCUGCAAAUCACCUCAACCGAUGACGACACUGAUUCUAAUGCAGAAAUUAGUUACCAUAUAUCUGACCAUAAUCAGAAUCUCCCUUUUGAUAUUGAGUCCAGCACUGGAUGCAUCAUCGUUAAAAGGUCUCUGGACAGGGAGAAGCAAGAUCAGUAUGUAUUAAAAGUAAAUGCCAAUGAUUCAGCAUGGAGUGUUAGCACUGAUGCAACUAUCUUUGUUUUAGAUUUCAAUGAUAUGAGACCAGUUUUUUCUAAAGAUUUGUAUUCAGUUGUCAUCCCUGAAACCAAACACCCAGAGGCUUUUGUUUUGCAGGUCUCUGCAACAGAUGCAGACAUUGGACUAAAUAGUGAGGUUAUCUAUAUAAUUGAACCCUCAAAUGAUUUCUUUGGGGUAAAUACUUCUUCUGGGGAGGUCUUUGCAAAGCAGCCUCUCAUUUUAAACAAUUCAACUUUUGAAAUCUAUACCUUCACAGUUGCUGCCUUUGAUUGUGGCAGCAUCCCUCUGCACAGCAAUACCAGUGUCACAGUGAGAUUAGAACCAUUUAACCACCACCCUCCAAUGUUUUUGCCUUUACCAGCCUUUAUUGCCAUUCCAUAUAAUCUACUGGUAGGAUCUGAAGUAGUAAAAUUCACUGCAACAGAUCCAGAUGUCAAUAGCAGUGAUUUUAUUGAGUAUAAUGUCAGUGGAGGUAAUGCAUCUGAUCUCUUUGGGAUUCAAACCAACAGUGGAAAGGUAUUCCUAAAUCAAAAUCUAGCAGAAAGGGAAAAUCAGUCACUUACUUUAUUAGUUGAAGCCAUAGAUAAAGGUUUUCCUCCAUUAACUUCUCAAACUAAAAUCAGCAUUAAGAUAAUUGGGAAUAAUCAGUUUUCUCCAAGGUUUGGUGAAUCAGAUGUCACAAUCUCUGUCCCAGAAGACUUGCCUGUUGGAUCAGUGGCUGGGAAAGUUCAAGCUGAAGAUUGGGAUUAUGGUCCUAAUGGUGAAAUUACAUACUGCAUAAGUACUGAAAAUCAACAUUUUCCAGUCUCUGUAGGAAAAUUCUCUGGGCUACUAACACUUACCACAGAGCUUGACUAUGAAAAAGAAAGCAGUUAUUAUCUGCGUAUAAAAGCAACAGAUGGUGGAUGGAUAUCUAAAUAUGCCUGGUUGAAUGUUACUGUGAUAGUUAUGGAUGUAAAUGACAAUCCUCCGGUCUUUUUGUUGUCUGAGUAUUUCACAGCAGUGACGGAAAAUUCAAAAAUUGGAACAAGUAUUCUAGAUGUGAUGGCCACUGAUAUGGACUCAGGGAUAAAUGCACAAAUAUCCUACUCUCUGAUUGCUGGUAGUUUGGAUAAAUUUGCACUUGAUCCAAGAAAUGGGAUUAUUUCUACUUUGGUUGUCUUUGAUUAUGAACAUAAACACAUAUUUGAUAUUACAGUGAAAGCUUCAAACACUGCUAAACACACCUUGUUCAGUCUGGCUCAUGUCAUCAUUCACGUCUUGGAUGUUAAUGAAUUUAGCCCAACCUUCAUUCAAGAAAGUUUUAGCUUUUCAGUAUUCAAAAAUGUUCCAGUUGGAACAUCAAUAGGAAAAGUAGCAGCCACUGAUAAUGACAGUGGUCCUCAAGGUGAGGUGUUUUAUCUAAUGUUUGGCUAUGGCAAGCAUUUAGGCUUUGAUGUUGUUCAACUUACUGGAGAUAUAUAUACAAGUGGUAGUUUGAGAAACCAAGGCAACAGCAACAUAACUUUAAAGGUCUUGGCAAAGAACUCUGGCGUUAUAAAUGGCACAAACAUAGCUGAGACAUUGGUCAACAUUAAUGUAAUUGAUACAAAUUAUGCACCAACUUUUAGCUCCACGUGCUAUGAGGCAAAUGUUAAGGAAGACAGCCCAAUUGGGACAUUUGUAUUAAAUGUAAGUGCUUAUGACCAUGACUCCGUACUCCACUGGAAUCGAUUCUUCUUUACGAUAGUAGAUGGAAACACAAACUCCUCUUUCUCCAUUGAUCCACUUAGUGGUAUUGUCUUAGUAAACUCUCCUCUUGAUCGGGAACUGUGGCCUACUUAUAAUCUCACUGUUACGGCCACUGAUAAUGGUUCUCCACCAGCCACCGGGACAACAAAUGUGAUUGUGACUAUAGUUGAUAUUAAUGACAAUGCCCCCAAACUCAUGACAACUAAUUUUCAAGUAAAGGAAAAUCAACCUGAAGGAACCAUUGUUGCCAAAUUACACGCCUUUGAUUUUGAUUUACCACCAAAUCAAGGUCCUUUUAUCUUUUGGUUAUUAAAUCUGUCAGCAGAAAGUGCUUUUUUUCUUACUCAGGAUGGAGUUUUACUUACCUCACGUGUUCUCGACCGGGAACAUAUCUCUGACUAUCGAUUGCAGGUGGUGGUAAAAGAUACAGGGUUUCCGAUCCCACUGUCUUCAACAACAACGCUUCACGUUAUAGUAGAGGAUGAAAAUGAUAACGCCCCAUUACCACGAAACAUCUUUAUUGAGGUUAAAUAUUUUGGCAGUUUUUUUAAUGGAGGCAUGAUUGGUAACGUGCAUCCUGAGGAUCAUGAUGAGUCUGAUAUAUUCCUGUGUUUCAUUAAAAAUGGCCCAAUGAACAUGUUUAAGAUACCCAACGGCACAUGUGAGCUAUGGUCGUCCCCUUUUCAGGGAGAGGCCACAUUCAAUGUCACAGUGGAGGCAACCGAUCAGGUUCACUUUCCAGUAAAUAACAGUAUCUAUGUAAACUACAAAGGUUUUACAAAUGCAUCUGUAGACAGUUGCAUAUUAUUCUACAUAUUCUCACCCUCAAUGGAAAACUUCUUAACUAAUAGUUAUUUAAAGUUUGUGAAAGCCCUGGACAGCCUCUUCAACCUUCAGGCUUCAAAGACUCAUGUAUUUGGAAUCAAGCAUAUUGGCAUGGACAUACUACUACUUGCUGCUGUGAAAAACUACAAUGGGCAAUAUCUAAACAACAAGGUAGCAAGUAGUAUAUCUGCUGGACAUAAGAGGUUACUGGAGUCCCAAAGCAAUGUGACAAUUUCUCACAUUACCAGUGAUCCAUGCCUUAUGAGCCCUUGCCAGAAUGGUGCCACAUGCAACAAAAACAUUCACAUCAGCCAGGUUGUUGCUGUCCUAGAAAGCCUGGCUGUCAUUUUUGUGUCACCACAGAAAGAGAUUUUUAAUUGUACCUGUCCCAUUGGAUUCAGCGGUUCACUGUGUGAAGAUGACAUUGAUGAAUGUGAGCUGAAUCCCUGUGAAAAUAACAGCACAUGCGAAAACACAUUUGGAAGUUUUCACUGUUACUGUCAGAGUGGCUUCUCUGGCUCUCUCUGCUCAGCUGAUGUGGAUGAGUGCCUUAAGGUGAAGUGUCAAAAUGGUGGGACGUGUAUUCAGUCGCAGGAGAGAUACUACUGUCAGUGUGUGGCUGGAUUUGAAGGAGAACGAUGUGAAUGGCUCAAAGAUCAUUGCAGAUCUACACCAUGUUUUCAGGGCCAGUGCAUUAACCUACAAACAGGGUUCCUCUGCAACUGCCCCUUUGGAGUCAGUGGUAUCCACUGUGAAGAGCUAAGUUACGGAUUUGAAGAAAUGUCCUUCAUAGAGUUUCCCCCACUGGAUAGCAGAGCUAAUUUAAUUUAUUUUGAGUUUGCAACAGUGCAAAAAGACUCCCUACUCUUGUAUAAUUCUGGAACAUCAACCAGCAGAGAAUUCUUGGCAUUGGAGAUACUUGGUGGUACAAUACAACUCUCUUAUGACCUGGGCUCGGGACCUGUAAGGUUGCAGACAUUUAAACAAGUUGCAGAUGGGCUUUUUCACAGUGUUACUGUAAGGAGGAUUGGCAAUAUGGGAUCUUUGAUUGUGGACAACUGUACAGAUGUUGAGAACAAUGGAUUUUGUUUUUCAGAAGAUGAUGGCAUCAUCUCAGAAAGGACUCUGGAUGUUGGCAUUACCAACUUGACAUUUGGUGGAAUGAGGAGUCUGGAAUUGAUUUUACAACAUCCAAAUCAGAUAAAAACACAUGAUUUUGUUGGAUGCAUUAGAAAUAUUUACAUCAAUGGCAUCCUGCUGAGACCUUCUUUUGGUCUUGCAACAUACAAUGUCUUUAACAGGUGUCUUCGGACAGUAACUUCAGAAUGCAAUGGCGCCCCAUGCAAGAAUGGAGGAAUAUGCCAUGACCUUUGGUCGGACUAUGUUUGUGAGUGCAAAGCUGCCUUUAGAGGAAGAAACUGUGAUACAGAAAUAUCCGAAGAGCUUGUAAUGAGCUUCAAGGAGAGUGAAUACAUUGAGUAUGUCAUCAAAGAAAGAUUCAAGAGAGAUCUUCUGGUCAAAGACUUAAUGGAUAAUACUAAACAAGAAAACAAAACAAACCAAACUCUGAUCACGAUAAAGUUCAAAACAAAAGAGGGAGGAACCUUACUCUUUAUUCCUGGGAAGACAGGAAACAUUAUGCUGAUGGUAAAAGACAGAAAACCUGUGUACACUUCCAUAGACACAACCUUAGGACAUAAGGCAGAGUUAACAGUUGACUUUUUAGUUGCUGAUGGGCUCUGGCACAGUCUGUCCUUACUGAGCAGAGGGAGUAACAAUUAUUUGUUUGUGGAUGACAAAAUGGUCUUAAACGUCACAGAAAGAGACAUGGACUUAAAACUUGUUCAUUUGGAAAAGAUUUUUCUCGGUGCAGUGCCACAAAGACAAACCAAGCUCCAAAAUCCAGGAGAGGAAUCUUAAGAGCAAUCUUGAUGUCUCUACAUUCUUUUGGUAACAGGAUUUAAUGGAUGUGUGGAGCACAUAAGGAUCAAUGGUCACACUCUUCCUAUUAUUGGACAAAGUUUAAUGGUGGAUGUCUUGCC